AUGCUAGGACAGCUAAAGGAGAUACCGUGUUACUGCCCACAUUGCACCCGAUUCUUACAUGAGAAGUAUUGUUUCUCCCUUCGCUAUGGAAGUGUCAAGAACAGCUACACAGAUCAUUUGUCUCCAGUGAACUUUCCGAAACGUUCCUCCUUACGAGAUGCCAGAAUCCCUAAUCGAUCUACG